AGAGAAAAGGCAUAUUUUCAUUUUGUGUGUGUUUCUCUUUCUAUUCCCCCAACCAUUGGCAUUGGCUUGGCAUCAAAACUAAUAUUUGUAGCUAAAGUACUUAACUUGUGUGUGUUUGAUUUGCAUGGCCUGCAGUUCGAAGAUUAUCGUUGCUGCUGCUGCUGCUAGUCCACGACUCUCAUUAUUACUUCCUCACACUUAUCUCUUUCCCUUCCCUAAUUUUGGCUUCCGGUCAAGUCAUUGGUCAGCGUACGAGAAGAACCAAGAGGACCAAAUAUGGCCUACAAUGGUACCCAAUCACCUGAUCUCUCGUGAUCUAUCCGAAGAUUAUUGGGUUCCCCAUCCUGAAACCGGAGUUUUUGGGCCUCCAAAAGCCCACCACAAUUCUUCAACUGUUCCCAACGACACGUCGGCUGGUGGUAACGAGGGUUCCGUUCUAAACCUCAAGGCUUGGUUCCGACAUAACGGCCUCGAAGACCUCGAGAAACCACACACUCUCUAAUUUGGACCCUUGAGAUCAUAUGAUAAGAAGAUAAUAAAUAGUAUUUUGUCACACAUUAAUAACAUAGUUGAUUAAGUUGUUUGCAUACUUUAUAUCAAUAUUUUUAUUUUAUGAAUAAUAUGUCAAUAUGUUGUAUGUUUGGAUUGAGGGUCGUGCUUUUAAUAUCAAGUGUGAUGAAUUACAUAAAUUUAGUGUUAUAAAUGUUGAAAUUUUGAGUAUUAGUGUGUA